AUGCGUCAAACCGAGGAAUUUGUCGACCACGUCUAUGCUACGACUCGAAUUUUCCUGGAGAGCUUACGCGUGUCUGCGUGGAAACAACCUCACGUUCUUCAGGCUGUGCAGCGAUGUCAAGCGUUAAUUAGUAGACCAUUUUCAACCGCUGUUUCUAAACCUCCUCUAGAUCGGGGUCAAAUAAUCCCUCUGAAUUGGAUACCUUCAAGGGGGAGAUUUAUGAGCACGGAGCGGUCAUCGGGAGAAGGUAAUGACGACAAAAAACAACAGAACAUCGGCCCAGGAUCAAAAACUGCAAGGCUUCUCUCCCGUCUUCCCCUCCCAGUUCACGAAAACAUCUACACGAUUCCCAAUGUCCUAACCUUUUCCCGCCUGGCCGCUGCACCUGUAAUUGGAUACUGCAUCCUCCAUUCUUAUGACACACUUGCCCUCUCACUCUUUGCCUAUGCUUCCAUCACGGAUCUCGUCGACGGCUACAUCGCAAGGAAAUUCAACCAGAAAACGGUUGUUGGCACGGUUAUUGACCCAAUGGCAGAUAAAACACUUAUGACAAUAGGAGUUAUCUGUCUAGCUGUCAAGUCUGCUAUACCAGUGUGGCUCGCCGCACUCAUUCUUGCCCGCGACGUCGGAUUGGCCAUUUCCGCCAUAUACUACAGAUGGAUAUCUCUGCCACAGCCCAAGACAAUGGCAAGAUAUUGGGACUUUUCUCUCCCAUCUGCCGAGGUGAAGCCAACGGCGAUAUCAAAGGUGAAUACGGCUUUGCAGCUUCUCCUGAUUGGAUCUGCGAUGGCCAUUCCAGUUGUGCCGGAAGCGAUUCUGACUGCUUGGCAUUUACACGAAGGAAUGACCGGUUUGCAAUACGUCGUCGCCGGCACCACCAUCUGGUCAGGGGCAAGCUACAUCUAUUCCAAAGAUGCAGUUAGGAUCCUUACGUCGGAGGAGAUUGAAACGAGACUAGCUUUGAAGCAGAAGGAAGAGGAAGAGAAGAUUGAGAAGAAAUAG